CCAUCGUGGAACCAGCCAGUCUCCCAUUUCCAAAACGCCGCUGGCUGGCUGCCGUAGCUACAGCGAGCAGGAAAAAAAAGGAAAAUCAAGAGGUCCUCGUCCCGAUCCUUCUCUCUCCAUACAAUCCUUACCUAAUGAACGUCACGACGAAGAUGAAAUGAGAGAUGAUAGUCGUGCAAAUUUACAGCAUAAUGCUGGCCAUUCAGGUCUCAACAAGUGGUAUUCCUUCUAUACGAGAAACUUACACAUUCCACAGGGGAUGCAAGCAAGCAGGACUCUACUGAAUCCAUCGCAGAGACAAGUUCCGUCAGUCGCUGCAGCGGUCAGAUAUCGUCUUGUUACGAUAAUUACCUCCCUGUCUGACUAUGAGUUUUCCUUCCUCAAGAUGAGCAGCCGGGAACAGUCCUUGGAAGAUUAA